AUGAUGCGGGCGCGUCGACAAAGGUCCUUGGCAAGGUCGAAGGGCUGGCAGGCCAGGUUGCGGAAGCUCGACCAUUACGACGAGGCCAACAUCAUGAAGUAUGCCAUGAGGGAUUUCAUGGGCAGCCAGACCCCUCCCGAGAUAGAGCUACUAGAGGCGGGAAGGCUCAAGAUGAAUUUUGUGCGGGCGGUGACGGCGGCGAUUGAGAUCCCCGAGGAAGGGUUGUUCCGCCACAUCAUUUCGUACCUAUGA